CUAAUUUGUUGAGAUGGUGAAUUGGUGGGUUUUCUGUUAAAUGUGAGCCAAAAUCACCACAAUUAAAAGAACCAAAGACUUAAAUUACUUCAGUCUGUGUACAUUGAAUUUAUUUAAUACACGAGUUUCACAAUUUGAGUUGAAUUACUGAAAUAAAUGAACUUUUCCACGACAUUCUAAUUUACUGAGAUGCACCUGUAUAUGCUGUUUGUUUAUUCUUUUGACCCUUAAAAGAUCAACAGAGCAGCUGCCAAUUUACCAAAGGUUGAAUUUACAGAACAGGUUUUUGCAGGUCAUUUACGGGAAAUCUGAAUUGGACUGCCAUGAACUCUUCACAUCCUUUUGCACUCUAUAAAUGUCCUGUUUGAAACACAAAACUGAACUCAGUUUUAUCGACAGCAGCUCUGUUUCUUCAUUAAACACUGAACUUUGAGGCUUUGAUUCUUUGUUACAUUAAUUCAAAAGAUUUGAUUUACAUUUGAUUUAUAAAAAUAAAUCAAAAUAGAAAACCGUUGCUUCAAACAUAAAUAUUACUAGCUAUACUGUUAGACUGUAGAUUGGUGAACUGAAGUGUCAGUUUAUUAAUAAAACAAAUGCAAACAAACAGACUGAGAGAGAGCGAGCGGUUUGGACUCUGAGGGUCGUGGAGGCGGGUAUAAAUCUGAGCUGCUGCAGGUUCACAGACGCUCACAGAAAGAGACACAGGAUGGCCGAGAAGCUGAUGUUUCUGACUGUGGUUCUUCUCUCCUCACCGCUCCUCACACUAUGUGACCCGCUAUUUGUUCUGUCAGCUCCUAAUUUGCUGAGGGUGGGUUCCUCAGAGAACGUGUUUGUGGAGGCUCAGGAUUACUCUGGAGCAGCUAUUGAAGGGAAGAUCAUUGUAAAGACAUUCCCAAAGAAAGACAUGGAGAUACUGUCUAAACCAGUGACUCUGACUGCAGACAACAAUUUCCAGAUCCUUACAGAUAUCAAGAUCCCUGAUGAUCAGAUGUUCUUCACUGAUGAUCCUCUGGAGAAGCAGUAUGUGUAUCUACAAGCUCAGUUUCCAUCUGUCACUCUGGAGAAAGUGAUCAUGCUCUCAUUCCAGUCUGGAUAUAUAUUUGUACAAACAGACAAGCCCAUCUACACACCUGCUAGCACAGUUGAUUACAGGAUUUUCUCUUUGACGCCCAACAUGAAAUCACACAGUGAUUCUGGGAUCACAGUGGAAAUCAUGAAUCCACAAGGCAUCACAGUUUCAUCAGAGAAGAUGUUUCCAAUGAAAGGCAUGAAGUCUGGAGGAUACGCCAUUCCUGAGAUUGCCAGCUCUGGGAUCUGGAAGGUGGUCACACGAUUCAAAAACACCCCUCAGAAGAAGUUUACAGCAGACUUUGAGGUCAAAGAAUAUGUGCCUCCAACAAUUGAAGUGAAAUUAAAGUCCAGUAAGUCAUUCUUCUAUGUGGAUGAUCAGAGUCUGACAGUCGACAUUGAAGCUAAGUAUGUGUUUGGACAGAAGGUGGAUGGAAAUGCGUUUGUGGUGUUUGGUGUGAUGGAUGGUGAGAAGAAAACAAGUAUUCCUACAUCUCUGCAAAAGUUCAAGAUCAUGAAAGGAGAGGGUACUGCAGAACUGACCAAUCAGAUGAUCGCUAAGACCUUUCCAAUCAUUAACCAGCUGGUUGGACGAUCAAUCUAUGUUUCAGUCAGUCUUUUAACAGAAAGUGGCAGUGAAAUGGUGGAAGCAGAACGGAGAGGCAUUCAGAUUGUGACGUCACCGUACACCAUCCACUUCAGAGGAACACCACGCUUCUUCAAACCUGGAAUGCCCUUCAGUGUCUCGGUCUCCGUAACUAAUCCUGACCAGACACCUGCUGAAAAUGUGGAAGUGGAGGUCAGUCCUGGACGGGUCAGAGGUCGAACAAAAGCCAAUGGCAUUGCGAAGGUUACCAUCAACACUGCGGGAGGAUCUUCAACACUGGAGAUCACUGCAAAAACCAAAGACCCACAAUUAACAGAUGAACAGCAGGCAGUGAGGAUGAUGACGGCUCAGGCCUACGAGACCAAAGGUGGCUCCAACAACUACCUGCACAUCACCAUUGAUGCUGCUGAGCUUCAGAUCGGUGAUUCAAUGAGAGUCUAUCUGAGCCCUGGACGAAGCCCAGGAGUCAGAGAUCAGGAUUACACAUACAUGAUCUUAAGUAAAGGUCAGAUCGUUCAAGCAAACAGGUUUAAGCAAGGAGGACAAGCUCUAGUAGCUCUGUCUCUGCCUGUAACCAAAGACAUGGUUCCAUCUUUCCGCUUUGUGGCUUAUUAUCAUGUGGGCUCGUCUGAGGUGGUGUCUGAUUCAGUCUGGGUCGAUGUGAAGGACACGUGCAUGGGAACGCUCAAGCUUGAGGUGAAGGACAAGAUUAAUUACUAUAGCACAGGAGAUGAGGUCCAGCUGCAGAUAACUGGAGAUCCUGGAGCUAAAGUUGGUCUGGUGAUGGUUGACAAGGCUGUGCACGUCCUUAACAAGAACAGACUCACUCAGACAAAGAUCUGGGAUGUCAUAGAGAAGCACGACACCGGCUGUACGGCAGGAGGUGGAAGGGACAGUAUGGGGGUUUUCGCUGAUGCAGGUCUGAUGUUUGAGUCCAGCACUGCAGGAGGAACCAACACCAGAACAACGCCGGAUUGCCCCUUCCUUUCAAAGAGAAGACGGCGAUCGCUGGAUGAUGAUGAAGAUGAUGAAGAUGGCUAUUAUACAGACUCUGAUGAGAUUGUGUCACGUAAGCAGUUUCCUGAGAGUUUUCUUUGGGUGGAGAUUGAUCUACCCAGUAGCAUCGGAAACUAUGGAACAAUCACAAAGCAGAUCUACUUGAAAGACUCUGUUACUACGUGGCAGAUCUUGGCUGUCAGUCUGUCACCAACACUUGGCAUCUGUGUGGCAGAACCUGAGGAGAUGGUCUUUUAUAAGUCAUUUUUCAUUGACCUCAAGAUGCCUUACUCAGCUGUGCGUGGCGAACAACUGGAAAUCAAUGCCAUUAUUCACAACUACACCCCAAUGAAGCUGAAGCAGGUGCGUGUGGAGUUCAUGGAGACAGAAGAUGUUUGCAGCUCUGCCAGUAAGAAAGGCAAAUACAGAACCAUAGUAUCUGUCGACGGAGGCUCCAGCAUAACCGUGUCAUAUGUGAUUAUUCCCUUGACACGGGGAAAGCACAUUAUUGAGGUGAAAGCUUCAGCAUAUGAUUACACUGAUGGAGUGAGAAAGACACUGGUGGUGCUGCCGGAGGGUGUGCUGGUUCAGUCAUGUAGACAAAAUGUGGAGCUCAACCCCAUUAAGAAUGGAGAAAAUCCUUUAGUUUUUAAAGCUAACAUACCAGCUGAUCGGCUUCCAGACACACCUGCUAACAAGUACAUCUCAGUUACUGCUGAAGGGAUCAAUCAGACAGUCGAGCAGGCCAUCAGUGGAAGCUUCAUGGGGCAGUUUAUUGUUCUGCCUCAUGGUAGUGGAGAGGACAACAUGAUCUAUAUGACUCUGCCUCUCAUUGCCACUCAUUAUCUGGACAGCACCAAUCAGUGGGACACUGUUGGCUUGGAGCGCCGUAAUGAAGCCAUCAACUAUAUCAACACAGGUUAUCAGCGGCAGCUGGGUUACCGUAAACCAGAUGGAUCCUACGCUACAUGGCCACCCAGGCCAAGCAGCACAUGGUUGACCGCAUAUGUGGCCAAAGUCUUCGCCAUGGCUACCAAUCUUGUUCUGAUAGAUGAUGAUGUUGUGAUCUGCAGCGCUCUCAAGUGGCUAGUUCUCCACAAACAAAUACACGACGGCUCCUUUAAAGAGGAUUCAGCUGUAAUUCAUGGAGAGAUGGUGGGUGACGUACAGGGAAAAGAUGCCGAUGUCUCUCUGACAGCCUUUGUUGCGAUUGCCAUGCAAGAGUGCAGAGAGAUCUGUGCUGGAUCAGUUGCUAGUCUGCGUGAAAGUAUCAGGAAGGCUGUUUCUUUCUUGGAAGGUCGACUUCCAAAACUGACCAAUCCUUACGCUGUUGCGAUGGCGUCCUAUGCCAUGGCCAAUGCCGACAAACUGGAUAAAGACAUACUGAUGAGACACUCCACCCAAGGAGAAGCCGGUCGGACCUGGACUGUCCCUGGACAGCGUUAUCACUCACUAGAGGCGACGGCUUAUGCUGUGCUGGCACUUGUGAAGGCAAAAGACUUUGAUAAAGCAGGAGAGGCAGUGCACUGGCUGAACAGACAACAGACUCACUAUGGAGGAUCUGGCACCACACAGGCGACCAUCAUUGUGUUCCAGGCCGUGGCAGAGUAUUGCACACAGGUGAAGGACCAACAAAACUUCAAUCUGCAUGUGGAGCUUUCCAUGGCAGGAAAACCCAGACCUGUUAGAUGGACUUUUAAUAUAGAUAAUAUGCAUCUUACACGGUCAAACGAGGUGGAGAUAGACAAGGACUUCAGUGUAACCGCUAGAGGAUCUGGAAUAGCCACUCUCUCAGUUCUGACGCUGUACUACGCCAGACCUGUUGAGAAGAAGUCUGACUGUACAUUCUUUGAUAUGACUGUUAAAAUGGAGAAAGAUCACGAAGCAAAACAAGGAGCCAUUGAAACAUACACGCUUACUUUGGAUUUCUACUACAAAAGUAAUAAAACUGAUUCCACCAUGACUAUUCUGGACAUUGGCUUACCGACUGGAUUUGAUGUUGAUGAAAAUGAUCUUAAAGAGUUGUCUUCAGGGAAGGAGAGACACAUUCAGAAAUAUGAAAGAAAUAAAUUGCUGUCAGAGCGAGGAUCCCUCAUCUUCUACUUAGAAAAGGUGUCUCAUAAAGAGGUGGAAAGGAUUUUAUUCAGAAUGUACAAGCUUUAUAAUGUGGGUCUGCUACAACCUGCUGCAGUCACAAUAUAUGAAUAUUACUCACCAGAUGCACGCUGUACAAAGUUCUACCACCCUGAAAGGACAGAUGGCGCCCUAUACAAACUGUGUAAAGGAGAUUUGUGUUAUUGUGCAGAAGAAAACUGCAGUUUCCAGAAGAAGAAUCGGGUCAGCGAAGAGGAGCGUUUGAUUAAAGCCUGUGAAGUUGGCAUGGAUUUUGUUUAUAAAGCCACAGUGGAGGAGAUGAAUCUGAAACAGGACUCUGACAUCUAUGACAUAAAGGUGGAGCAGGUGCUGAAAGAAGGCACUGACGAGGAUGCUGAGGGCAAAGUGAGGCAAUUUUUUGCUCGUCCCAGUUGUAGAGAACAUUUAGGAUUGGUAAAAGGCAAGUCGUACCUCAUCAUGGGCAAAUCACUUGACCUGUCAGACAAAGGCAAAAGUGUGCAGUAUAUUUUUGGAGAGCAGACCUGGGUUGAAUACUGGCCCACAAGAGAGGAAAGCCCAACUCCAGAACACAGGGAGCGAUACAUCGGCAUCACUGAGCUCCAGAACAGCCUCCUCAAAUAUGGAUGUACUUUAUAAUUAUAGUAUAACAACUAUUUUUUAUUACAGGAAAUGUAACGUUAUCUUUUGCACACUCUAAAUAAAUUGUUCUCAAUAAUAAUAACAAUAAUUAUAAUAAUGCUUUUCACCAAAAUAUGCUGGUGUAAUUCU